AUGGGAAAACUGAAGCUAGCUCGCAUUGAGCUUGAGAACUUCAAGUCUUUCCGAGGACCUCAUACAAUCGGCCCCUUCCUUCCUUUUUCAGGUAUUGUUGGUCCAAACGGUGCUGGCAAAAGUAACGUAUUAGAUUCUUUGGCUUUUUCACUAUUUUUGGAUCCAAAUCCACGUAGUACCAACUAUAUUUACAAAGAUCCGACAGAUACAAGCGCCAAAUUCUGCUUUGUCCGUACAGUAUUUACAGAAGGCAAAAAAGAGAUCAGCUUUGAGCGCAGACUUGAUGAGAAGGAGACAUAUUUUGUAAAUGGUGAGGAAAAGGACCCAGAAGAGUACGUUAAAAUCAUUCGCGACUACAAGAUUACCCCACUUUGUUUCAUAAAGCAACAAGAGAUCGAUGCCAUCGCUCGUAAGACACCACAAGAACUUACAGCUCUCUUCGAACAGUACAGUGGAAGCUGCGACUGCAUUGAAGAUUACGAAGAAAACAGAAUUGGUUUCGAAUCAGCCCAAGAAGCUGUAGCUCUUCUUGAAAAGCGUCGUCGUACAGCUGCUGCUGAAAAGCAUCACAUCUCAGAGCGUCAGCGUGAAGCAGACAAAUACAACACUUUGGCCAGUGAUGAAAAGAAGAUUCAGCUUGAAAUGUCUCUUUUCCAGCUCUACCAUCUCAACAAGAAGAUUGAGCACGGAAAGGCUGAAUGCGAAGAACUCGAAGAGAACAGAAACAAUUUAUUACCAAAGAUCGAAGAAAACCAAACAUCUCGUAAAGAUCUUCAAGUACAAAGCAACGAGUUGGUUGAUAAGCUCGCUACAGUCGACAACAGUCUCCAGAACUCAGAACAAGACUUGAGAAACAUCAGAGCUGAAUUAACACGUGAAGAAGAGAGAAAGGCUCACUAUGAACGCUCAAUUGAAGACACAAACAUGAAGAUUGAAUCGAACCAGAAUGCCAGCAACCUUUGGAAGAAGAGACUCGAAGAUUAUGAGAAAGAAUCUCAAGAUAUCGAAAAGGAAAUUGCUGAACUCCCAGAUCCAGGUGAUCUCCGUGAAGAUAUCAAGAAGUACAACUCCAUCCGCGCUCAAGCUAACAAGCAAUACUCAGAUCUUGCAAAUUCUUUAUCUGAUGCCACAAAAGAACGCGACCUAAUUCAGAAUGAAGUCGACCAGAUGCAGAAAGAUAGAGAAACACAAGAGGAAUCACUCACAAGAACAAGAGAUACCCUUUCUAAGAUCGAAGAAGACACAAAGAAGAACAACUCACUCCGCCAGACAGUUGUUACACGUAAAAACGAGUUAGACAGCCAACUCAAGAUGAUGAGAGUUUCAGAUACAAACGACAAAGAUAAUCAGAAGAAAUUAACUGAAAAACUCUCAGAAAUCGAGAAGAAAUACGAUGAUUUACGUCGUGCUCAAGGCACUGCCAAGCAUAAAGAGCGUUUCCUCAAGGCAAUUACAGCUUUGCAACGUUUAAUUCCUGGAGUUUACGGAACUCUCGGCCAAUUAUGCAAACCAGCGAAGUCUACAUACGAAAAAGCCUUCUUAAAUGGUCUUGCUGAUUGGAUUGACGCAUUAGUUGUCAAAGACAGACAAGUUGGUCAGAGAUGCUUGGAGUAUUUCAAGGAACAAGGUGCAGGAAAACUUCUUGUCAUUCCUUUGAAAGGUUUACCAACACCACAAAGGAAGAAUUUAACAGGAAUCACUUAUUUGGCCAAAAUCAUCACUGUUUCUAACGCUGAAUACCAGCCAGCAGUUGAUUACGCUUGUGGAAACAUUGUUCUUGCAAAAGACUUCGACCAAGCUCAGGAUUACGCUUUCAAUCGUGGUUUGAACUGUGUAACAGCUGAAGGAACAACCUUUGAUAAGAAUGGUAUCAUUACAACAGGAAGUUCAAGAGAAAACACAACAUUUGCAAUUUCAAGUAUUCAAGAUCUUGAGAAACAGAAGACAAAGAUCGAAAGAGAACUCCAAGAAACAUCAGAAAGAAUCGAAAUCAGAAGAAACGAGUUCAACAGACUUGAAGAAGAAUUAGGAACAGUAAUGUUACAAAUCGAAGGCUUCAACAGAAAACUCAGUGAAUUGAGUGAAAACAAGAAACUUUAUGAUUCAAAUCUUAGAACAAUCCAAAGAGGAAUCAAAGAAUUGAACCAAUCAACAGAAGAAAAGAAGAAAUCUCUUGAAACAGCACAAGCCAAAUACGAAGAACUCGCAAAGAAACAAGCUGCUUUAGACAAGAAAUUGUUCGCCGACAUUGUUCUGAAGACUGGACAAUCAAUUCAGGAAAUUGAGUCAACAUAUCACAGAAGAACUAUGUUAGAAAACAGAUUGGAAUAUAUCAAAUCAGUAAUUCCUAAUGAGCAAAACGAUGAUCCACAAAAGGUCAUUGACGAACUCAACCAGAGAUUGCAAGAAUACAAGGAAUCAAAUGAACAAUCACAGAAGAACAUCGAUGAAUUAAAACAGCGCGAAGAAGAAUCAAAGAAGAAAGUCAACAAAUACAAAGAUGAGUUGACACAAUUACACGAAGAAGAUGAAAGAAUGAGAGAAGAACUCAAAGAACUCAACAGAACAAUCAGAUCUCAACAAGAAGAUCUUGAAGGAAUCAAUAACUCAUUCAAUGAAUACGAUCACGAUGUCAGAACUGCAACACAGCAAUUAUCAAUGGUUUUCCAGAGAUGCUUGCUCGAUAACGUCGAAUUACCACAUAACGGUGAUUACAGGAAAGAAAUCACAAGCACAUUGUCAACAGAUUCACAAGCAGUUGAAGAUCUUGAACAGGUAAAGACCAUUGAUUUCAAGAGUUUGUCAAGUGCAAGUAAAUCUGUCAAAUGGGAGAAAUUCAAUGAAACUGUUGAUCGCUAUGAAAAAGACCUGGCAAAAGUCAGAGCAGAGAUUUCUCAGAUCCAUCCUGACUUGAGAAGUGAAGAUAAGGCUAAAGGUGUUGAAGAGGAACUCGAGAAGAUGAAGAACGAGUCAGAUCAAAUGGCCAAAGAAGCUAAAGACAAGAAGAAGAAAUUCAAUGAAAUGAGAGAAGAAAGAAGAACUAAAUUCAUGGAAUUAUAUGAUGCUUUGGAUGAAACAAUUAAUCCUAUUUACCAGAUGUUCACGAGAAGAGGAUCUCACAAUGAACACUCAGGUGUUGCAUAUUUAGCCAUGGAAGAUACCGAUGAGCCAUAUUUGGGAGGCAUCAAAUAUACAGCAAUGCCACCACACAAGAGAUUUAGAGAUCUCGAACAAUUGAGUGGUGGUGAGAAGGCUGUUGCUUCUCUCGCUUUAGUUGUCGCUUUACAGAAAUUCUUAGAUGCUCCUUUCAUAAUUCUCGAUGAACCUGAUGCAUCACUCGAUAAGAUUAACUUGAAGGCGGCUGCUAUGGCAUUAAGAGAACUGUCCGAGGAAGAGGAUGGUUCCCAAAUUAUCUGUGUCUCCCUUCGCGAUAGAUUCUUUGAAUUCGCUGACUCGCUUGCAGGCGUAUUCAAAGAAAUACAGACAACGUCUUCUGGUGUUCUCACAAUCAACUUGACACAAUUCAGAGAACAAUCUUUGAAGAUGGACGAAAUAUAA